UUUUGUUUGACGAAAAGAAGAUUUUAAGGAUGGUUUUAGUGCAUGUUGGAUAUCUGGUUCUUCCCGUUUUUGGCUCAGUGAGAAACAGAGGAUCCCAUUUUAACAGGCAUCAGCACAGCCAUGCUACCUCUUGCCGCCAUUUCCACUUAGGCCCUCAGGCCCAGAUCCCUGUCGAAUUCCCAAUGCCCCAUCCAGGACAAUCUCAGUCGGGCAUGAGCCCACACUUGGCCCCAGCACACCAGCAAGCGACCCCGCUACAUCCUCCCCUCAAUCCCAUGCCAGCACCGCAGUUCCAAGACAUCCAAGGGCCUCCUCCCUUCCUACCUCAGGCUUUACACCAGCAAUACCUCAUCCAGCAGCAGCUUCUGGAGGCCCAGCACAGACGCAUCCUUCCACACCCGAGGUGGGAACAUACCCAAGAUAGGUCAUCCCAUCACCCACAGACCCUACGCCCUGGAUAUGAAUAUGCCCCACCAAUGCAUGUUCCCCAGCCAGUUACCCAGCCACCCCGCUACUUAGCAGAAGGAACAGAUUGGGACUUGAGUGUGGACACAGGUUUGGCUCAUCCACAGUACCAUGUCCCUCAGCUUCCGCAGCACUAUCAGCAUUACCUGGCCUCUCCCAGGAUGCAUCACUUCCCCAGAAAUGCAUCUUCAGCCCAAGUGGUUGUCCAUGAGAUCAGAAACUACCCUUAUCCACAGUUGCAUCUCCUGGCUCUCCAGGGUCUGAAUCCGUCCCGGCAUGCGUCAGCUGUCCGGGAGAGUUAUGAGGAACUCCUGCAGUUAGAAGACAGACUUGGCAAUGUCAACAGAGGAGCAGUACAAACUACCAUAGAGAGGUUCACAUUUCCCCACAAAUACAAAAAGAGAAGACCCCUGGAAAUGAAAAUAGGAAUGGAUGAAGAUGAGUUGGACACAGAUGAAAAAUGCACAAUAUGUCUUUCGAUGCUUGAGGAUGGAGAGGAUGUUAGGAGGUUACCAUGCAUGCACCUCUUCCAUCAAGCCUGUGUGGACCAGUGGCUGGCAACGAGUAAGAAGUGUCCCAUUUGCAGGGUAGACAUUGAGACUCAGCUGACGCCUGAUAGCUGAUGUCUCUGGUAGCUUUUGGCUCCUAUCCUUAUUGU